CAAGUGCCUUAGCAUUCCCUGUUGCGUGAAAAUCACAGUUGUCGGGCUUGGCCGGUGAAUUGAAGGAUAAUUCUGAGUAUGUGAGAUUACCAGCCCAAAAACACAAGUUAUCUGUUAAUAAGCAUAUACGCUUGGCUGAACAUCCCUUUCCUAAAGCAAUAGCUCACUUUGAACAUGGAGAGCGGCACUUAAGUAGGAUAUAUAUAGACUGGUUACGCUGGAUUAGUCUGAGCUCUGGGGAUGUCAUUUAGGGGGGGAAAUCGCCUGUGUGCCUGCCUGACUUUGCGUUACGGUGUGCUGGCCGCCUUUGCGCUGGUUUCGCUUUCUCGGUGCGCAGAUUAGAGCGGCCGACAGGGUGACUGGCGUAGGGAAGCUGACUGCGCCGCUCUCCCACCCUCUCCCGGACCGCGGUCCCGGCAGCUGGAUUUCCGGUCGGACGGACUGGGACCGAGCCGUACUCUCCCAGCCCAGCGUCGGGGGCGCACAUCGGCCGCCUUGGGACCCGGACUAUCGGCGUUUCACCGCAGGACCUUGCGGGCCAUUAUGCUGGCAGAGGAUGGACGCCCCUGAAUACCUGGAUCUGGAUGAGAUCGACUUCACUGAUGACCUAGCGUAUUCUGUGACGUCUCUGAAGAAUAUUCCUGAGCUUUGUCGUAGAGGCGAGUCUCAGAGCGAAGAAAGACAAGUUCCGGCCAUAAACUGGAGUCGUGGGAUCAACUCACACGGUGGGAAUGGAAUCAAACCCACAGGCAUUGCCGACGUGCACAGCAAGUUUCGACCCGUCAAACGAGUGUCCCCUCUCAAGCACCAGCCGGAAGUCCCCGACACAGAGACGGACUGCAAGGGUCAGAGUGAAGAUGGCGGCAAGGAAGAUAGCCCUGACAAGGCGUCCCAGGCGAACGUGUCCCGAGUGGAUGAGCAAGGAUUCAAGGGCAAGAACGUGGGAGGGGAGGAACUAUUUGGGGAGCUGGAGCACUAUGACCUGGACAUGGAUGAGAUCCUGGACGUGCCUUACAUCAAAUCCAGCCAGCAAAUGGGAACCCUUCCCAGGGUCACCCCGGAGAAGAGGACACCAGUGACCAGCGACCGAAAUCAAGCAUGUAGAGCCGCUACCCUACCACAUUCAGAGACCUUAGGGUUCAUGCCCCCAUACUGCGUGCUGUCGCCUGUCAAGUGUCCAGAGAUGCGCAAGUCCAAGUCCAUGGAGCCUGAGCACCUCCGGCAGUCUGUAGCUCGGCACAACCACUCCCAGCUGAGCACCGCCACCUCCGAGCUGGAGAAGCUCUUGCCUAGCCGGACCUACCUGGAACCCAGAGCACACAAGCCAGCACCCGUGGUGCCUGGCAGUCAGCCUAAGAUGUUCCCCCUGCCGGACUGCGGCGGUGCCUGGGGCAGCCCCAGGGCUCAUGGAGAGUGCGACGAAGAUGCCAAAAAGGCCCAGAACAUCAUCAGCAUCAUCCGAGGAGGACAGAUCUCUCUUCUGCCUCAUCUGGCAGCUGAUAACCUGGAGCUCAUUCGGGACGAGGAGGGGAACAACCUGCUGCACAUCUCCGCUUCACGGGGCCACGCGGAGUGCCUGCAACACCUGACCUCGCUCAUGGGGGAGGACUGUCUGAGUGAGCGCAACAGUGAACAGCUCACACCAGCUGGCCUUGGCAUCAAGAACGGACAUCUGGAGUGUGUGCGCUGGAUGGUGAGCGAAACGGAAGCCAUCGCUGAGCUCAGCUGUAGCCGGGACCACCCCAGCCUGAUCCACUAUGCCGCACGUUACGGCCAGGAAAAGAUUCUCCUGUGGCUGCUGCAGUUCAUGCAGGAGCAGGCAAUCUCCCUGGACGAGCUGGACCAGCAGGGAAACAGUGCAGUGCAUGUGGCAGCCCAGUAUGGACACCUGGGCUGCAUCCAGACCCUCGUGGAGUAUGGCUCAAAUGUUACAGUGCAGAACCAGCAGGGAGAGCGGCCUUCCCAGACUGCCGAGCGGCAGGGUCACACCACCUGCUCACGGUACCUGGUGGUGGUGGAGACCUGCAUGUCACUGGCUUCCCAGGUGGUCAAGCUGACCAAGCAGAUCAAUGAGCAAACUUCUGAAAGAGUGACCCUCCAGAACCAGGUCCAGCAGCUGCUGGACUCACCACAUCGUGACGGCUCCCCAACCCGCUCCCCCAGCUGGUUCAUCCCGUCCAUGGUGCCGUGGCCGGAGAUGACCCUGACAGCAGAAGCGGCAGCCAACGGGGGCCAGUGCAUUGUACGGCAGCGCGACGUCGACUCGGAUGUGGUGUUGCGGCAACUCCUGGGGAAGGAGAUCGCCGAGAAGGUGUGCAGCCAGGGGAGGCUGACGCUGGAGUUCCGCGAGCCGCGCAGGCCAGGGGCGGGGCCGGGAGCAGGGGCGGGGCCAGGGGCGGGGCCGGCUGGCCGGCGGGAGCUCAAGCUGGCCAGGCUCAAGCAGCUGAUGCAGCGCUCGCUCAGCGAGUCGGACUCGGAUGCGUAUCCGGCAGAGGAGCAGAAGCAGGGCGUAGCAGCCGGCCGUGCCGAGAGGCCCCGCCAGUUGGCCCUUGCCGAGAGCGAUGAAGCCUCCUUCCUGGCCAAACGGAACGGCUCUGCGGCCGAGCGCAAGCUCUCCUUCGUCCACGGUGCCUCCAAGUCCAUGGAUGGGUACAACCCCUCGCCCACCUCGGAUGGCAGCGACCACGACCGCGAGACCAAGCCAGAGACGCCAGGGGACGGCCACGAGCAUGCCGACAUGCAGAAGGCCACCACCAGCCCCAAGAGUGCGCUGAAGUCACCGUCCUCCCGGAGGAAGCCCUCCCAGACCCCCAAACUCAGGGUGACAUUCGACGAGUCGCUCGCCCACAAGGGAGGACAGGACACAGAAACCAGGGGCACCCAUGAGAAAGGAGGCGGGGCCAGGACCGCAGGCGGCUCCGAGGGGGGGGAGGUGUGGAAGCGGCCGUUCGGGACCUUCCGCUCCAUCAUGGAGUCCCUUGGUGGGAAUCAAAACAGCAACAACAGCAAUGGCCAGUGCACUGCCCAAGCGAAGCACCCCAGUUUGGGGUUGGCACAGGGCUCGCCGGGCCGGAAGGCAGCGGCGGAUGCUAAAGCCAAUCCCGCCAGCCUCUCCAAGUCCAAAAACAAGAGCAGUGCCGUGUAGACCGUGCCUUUCUACACUUUGUUUCACAGGCAAGGCAUUCAGCUAGUGCAGUAUAUCUCAAACCAGGCCUCAGGCCCCCCGUGAGGGUCCACGUUUUAGCUCCCACCCAGCUCCCUGUUGAUUGGUUCAGGUGUGCUGGGAGCUGGGAGGGAGCAAAAAUGUGGACUGUUCUGGGGUCCCUGAGGACCGGGUUGGGAAACACUGUCCUAGUGAAAGGCCGAAAGGCGUGUUUUGUUUCUUUACAACGAACAACGGCAGGUCUUAGGGGAUUUCCCCUGCUGCCUUAGCCCCCCCCCCCCAGAGCUGAAGGGCUGAGUCUGAGUGCACGGCGACCCCAGCUUCUCGUCUGGCUAACUGGAGACUCAUGGACCAGGUGCUUGCGGCCCCCACCCUGCAUUAUCUACUGUUACUUUUUACCCAGAUUUCAGUUAUUUUGGGGGUCACUAAUUUCCUAGUGAAAUAUAUAUUUUUGGACUGUUUUGUAUUUUAUAUUUACCUGUGGCCUCAGUCUUCAGGCACUCGGCACCAUCUCCUUUGUCCAAGGAUGCACCAGGAGAGCAUUUCCUUUGAAUUCGCGGAGGUCUUCCAGUAGAUACUUCAGUGAGAUACCAGCAGGCCUGCCUUAUGCCACUCUUAAUGCCGGUUAUAGUGACACUGUUGCUAAGUUAUUUCCUUCACCUAGUCAUCAGCAGAAAGUGAUGUGGGACAAGCCUUGAGAGGGAUGAAUGGCGUGUGGAUCACAACCAGGUGGCAUGUUCACCGCUCCUCAGUUUUUUUUUGUGCAUGCGUGUUCUCCAGAAACCUGACUGACAAAGUUAGGGGGUCGCGUACCCUGUGACAGUUUGUACAUUUUUAAAUGUUUUCUUUUCUAAUCUUUUAUAAAGGAACAACGCUAAUCAAUGUUUCAAUUUAUGAAGAAUCCCAAUAAACACGGUUGGGAUACAUAAACAUUCCCGGUGUGGAGCCUCUGUCCACGAUCGCUUUGUGAAAGUGUUCAGUCGGCCUGUCAGACUUCCUUAGGUACCUGUGCUAAAACCUGGUCUCAGUGUGGACCCUCCAAAGCAGAGGUGGGUAAUUCAGGUCCAGAAAGCAAAAGUCCAGACCGAGUAUAAAGAAUCCCAGAGUACUCAACUGGUUGGUUGAAACAAAAUCUGGGUCUGGACUUUCAGUGCGUUUUUCCGCCGCACCUGGUACCGUACUUUUGGUUCUUCGAGAAAAUACCAAAAGUAUGCUACUUUAAAGAGUUGUUUUUCCACUGGCGUAAAAACCGGUACCGGCACUGAAUGACAUCACAGUGCGAGGCGGGUAUUUUGUGCUGAAUUCGAGAAAUGACUAGUAUAUUAUUUGGCUUGGCGACGCGCAAUACUAAUAUCAACAUUGCAUGUUAUGCACAUAGAAUUCAUACAUUGCUAGUCAGCUAUAUUAAAAUAAGGCUUUUUCUUGCUCUCUUUUCUAUACAGACAUUAUAGGUUAAUUUUCGCAAAAAUAUUUUUACUGUGUUACUCUGUCAUAGGGAAAAAAAACUUAGCAAGCUUUGCAAUUUUAAUUAUUCCUUUUUUAGAUUCUUAUAUGAUGAAAAAUCAGUUCAAAGUUUUACCCCCGCUGCUUUUGCAUGAGCGCUGCAUGCGUUCUCCAAGACAAUCAUAAUCAUCUUCAUCCUUGCUGUUUAAAUCACUUGAAGAUGGGCUUGUGAGAAAUUUAUGAACUCCUUUUUUGUUUUAUAAAUACUCCAAUAUUUAUCACAACAAAAUCACAUCGCUAGGACAGCUCGCUAUAUCCCUUAUGUAUUAGUAUAUUCAACUAAAUUCUUUUUAACUUCUUGUCAUGCCAUCCGGAUAUUUUUGUUGUAUAUGUUCUUAUGACUAAAUUGAUAUUUUUUUUUUACUUUGUUUAUCAAUAUUUUCUCCGUUUCUGCUUUCAAUGCACCAUUUGUAUUGUGUUUAGAGGCGGACUAUUUGCAUAACCAGUUGACAAGGAAAGUGGUUCAAGUCUGACCCCAAAGUACCAAUGAAGAACCCCAGCUGGUUUGGCACUUUCGGUACUGGAUCUUUUGGUACUGGUACUCAACCAGAAGUCAGUGGAAAAGCAAGAGUUCCUAAAAUAUAGUACCAAAAGUGUGGUUCUUGGUGCCGUGGAGAAGCGCCUUUCCUCUCUGGACUUGAACUACCCACCUCUCCACAAGAGGUUUCUGAAGGCCCAAACAUGGUCAGAGCGGGUUUACCUGUUGGAUGAUGCAAGGAGGCCCCACGAGAUCUUCAGUUGAAUUUGGGAUGCGGAGUUGGCUGUAAGAUGUCUGUACUGUGAAGCUGCAAGCUUCCAUUUUCUCACUGGGGGACCUUCUCUGGAGGCCCUACAGGCAUGUCUGUGGAUUCAGUGGGAACCAUUAGCAAGUGUUAAAAUAACUCGGGUUGUUCUUGAGCAGCUGUCAACAGAUUUGAAAAUGACAUUUCUAAAGGAGCUGUUGACAAGGGAGGAUACCUACAAAGAGUUAAGACUAAAAAUAAAAUGACUCCUAUUUUAA